AUGGACGGGGCGCGAAUGCAGCAAUUGGCGGAAGAGCAUUACGGGUACAGGUGGGAGCGGCUGGCGGGCGACUUGCGGAGGCUCCAGUGCCUGGCGCUUUUUUGUCUCCUGCUUCUUGUUCUCUUGGCUAUGCCCGUGAUUUACCUGCUGGGCAGCAGCCUCAGGUGCAAGCAAGACGAGGUAAGGAAUAAUACAAAGACCUGCGUUUUACUCUGUAGCGUAUGUACUGACCGGCAUCGGCUCCCCGGGGUUUCGACACGGGAUGCCCAGUAUUUAUUUGAACGUGGGACAUUCUGCAUGCAAAGCAGAUGCUCUUACGCUGAGCUCCCGCGCUUCCCCAAAUCAAAGGGUAGGUUGUCUCUCUGUGGGCGGGAUUUAUCAGAGAAAGCUGCCGAGUCAGGCCACGGAUCCGUCUAGCUCAGAACUUCCAGCAGCGCACCCUCCAGCGUUUUAAGGCAGGAUCCUUGCCCCCUUCCCCCACUCGUACUGGGAGAUGCCCGGGACCUGGGACUUUGGGACACGCAAAGCAGGUACUUUCUCACUGAACGAUCAACAUGUAAAUUCCAUGCUGAACAUUCUAACUUGUUUUUACUCGUAUUUUGAUCCGUCUGUAGGCUGACUUGCCAUUAUCGUUUUCUGUUAAGAGGUAUUGGAAUGAUUAAAUGGUCUAUUUACUCUGUUAAGUAAACAAACAAAUAAACAAUGCGGAAACCCACGGAGGGAUCUUUGGCUAGGGAAGCUGUGGAGCGGGUGGGGCUCCACAGAUCCGAGUCCCAAAGAAAUGUUGUGGACCAGAGGAGGUGGAAGCUUGUUUCUCUCUUCACAAUUGUGGAAUCCGGAAGUGUAGUUGGAAAGUUACUCUUCCCUUCGUUCGUUCAUUCAUUCGUUUCUCCUCUGCUUCUUGUCAUGGCGAUGGCUGUUUGUGUGUUUUUAGGGGCAUGCUUGUAGGAUGAAGUUUAGACUGCAAUGCGCUCCAGUAAUUUGCUCAUCUCCAGCAUAAGGGAGCAGGUCGCUGUUGUUACUGCAAAUUUCAAAUGUGUGCGUGUGCUGACUACCAUAGAUGGGAGGGUGGGCUUUAUCAGCCCAUGGGUUGCAUUCACUUUUUGUCAGUAUUCUGGGGUGUACAUGUGAGGGGGUGGGAGGCCAGAGGCGAUGCAGGCGAAGCAAUGAAUGUCCGUUUUACCUUUAAAUAGUAGACUAGUUUGUACACAAACUUUCACACCCCUCUCUAUCCUCCAAGUAGAAGGCAUCAUCGGAGUUCAAGGAUACAGUCAAGCCAGUUAAAGACACUCUCUUGGGGAGAGGGGGUGCAUCUGGGUAGGCAUGGUGGUGUGGGGAGGAGUCCUGAGGGCUGGACAGAGGAGCUUUGAGGGCCACCUUUGGCCCCAAGGUUUGAAAUUCCCCACUCCUGUUGUAGAUCAAAGAUGCCACUUUUGUUAUUCACAAUAGCCCUGCAAGGUGACUUAACUGAGAUGGCUCAAGAAGUAACCUGCCAAAUUAAAUUACUGAGUCACCCAGUUCAAGAUGAGUAAUUCUUAUCAGAAUCACUCAGCUCUGACAAGGGACACGACAAGGUACCACUGGACCUGAUUAGGGGAGUGGAAUUCUGUCCCCAGUGGAAUCAUUAUAUCAGGGCAGGAAUACUUUUUUGAAGUGGACUUUUUCUGGAGGGCCCCAGACUCAAGGUGUGUGUGUCUGUGUGUUGUGUCCUCAUCUCCCAUGGAAGACUUGAGGCAUAAAAGGUUGGACAAUAUAAAGGUCUCUGAUCCAGAAAAUCAGAAACCUGCAACCUGAUCUGGUAUGUUUUAUCACCACUGUUGGAGAAGGCCAGCCUCUGAAUAUAGUUCCUGGGAAUCACAUGAGGAGAGCUGCAAUUGCACUUGGCUCCUGCUUACAGGCUUCACAGAGGCAGGUUGGCCACUUGCGAGAAUAGUCUGCUGGACUUUGGCCUCAUUCAGCAGAACUCUUUUGAUGUCACUAAGCUUUGUGACACAGACUUUUUGUGGUGCUUCUAGCAGUGAGGUUCCAGAUGAUGGUUGGGUGAUGCUAGUGGUGAUGCUAUGGAAUGUCCAUAAACAUUCAAUUGCUUGGGUAAUAUAGCAGCCAAGAAUAGGAUGUUCAAAACUCACCUUCCACAAGAAGGCUUGCUUUGACAGUUUGGUCAGCUGUGAGGCAGGAGCUGUGUGGAGCAGACAAAAGGUUGGAAAAGGUGAAUGGGACAUGGUCCCAGAAGAGAUAGUAGGUGAGGCAAAGAUCCCACAUGCAGGAUGGCUGGAGGAGAGGGGCAGAUUCAGCAGUGGAGUGAAAUAUGAGAAGGGUGAUAGGAUGGAGCUAGAACACAAUGAGUUAAAAGAGCCCACUGAACUUCCAUACCUUGACAGGGAUCCUGCAAUUUGGAGAGAAUCCUAACAUGCACAGAGAUCCAGAAAUGAGAGCCAGGAGGUUACCUGAAACACAUACCGUAUUUUUCACUCUAUAAGACGCACUUUUUCCCCUCCUAAAAAGUAAGGAGAAAUGUGUGUGCAUCUUAUGGAGCGAAUGCAGGCUGCGCAGCUAUCGCUGAAGCCAGGAGAGCAAGAGGGAUCGGUGCGCACCAAUCCUUUUUGCUCUCCUGGCUUCAGCGAUAGCCAUGCAAAGCCUCUUGAGCGCAGCGGGAGCGUUCCUGCCUCUUUGCUCAGGAGGCUUUGCAUUGAGGCUUCCCUCUUGCUGUGCUGGCUUCUGGCCUAGCCGUGCGCAGCCUCUUCCGGGCAGGGGGGGCCUUCAUCCUGCUGGCCGCGAGAGGCUUCGCGCAGCUAUACCAUAAGCCAGGACAGCAAGAGGGAUCGCUGCACAGUGAUCCCAUUUGCUGUCCUGGCUUUGCUGCAUGAAGCCUCUUGAGGGCAGGGGGAGCCUUCAUCCUGCUGCCCCGAAGAGGCUUCGCAUGGCUAUCCCAUAAGCCAGAACAGCAAGAGGCUAUCCCAGAAGCCAGAUCCCUCUUGCUGUUCUGGCUUCUGGGAUUCAGAAUAAUUUUUUUUCUUGUUUUCCUCCUCCAAAACAUAGGUGCAUCUUAUGGUCUGGUGCGUCUUAUAGAGCGAAAAAUACAGUAUAUUUAAUUUCCAUAGUCCCCCACACCUUUUUUCUGGUCUCUCCAUGCUUUUGCAUUUCCACGGAGUGGCCUGGUUCAUGCAUCACCUGUACCCAGGAGUGGGGAACUUUCAUUUCAGCCCCGGGGCUGCAUUUCCUUCUAGGCAGCCUUCUAGGGGACACAUGAGCAGGAUUAGAGGUAAAAGCUGACAAAGCAACACAUGUAAAAUUUACCUUUGUGCAGUUGGCUAGUUUCCACACCUUCUCCUCUCCAUCCCCCAUCCAGGCAAGCAAGAGGCAUCAUGGGAAUCCAAGGAACACAUUCCAGCCAGGCAAAAACACUCAGGGUGCAGUCCAAGGCAAGUCAGAGGUGUAGUCUGGGAUGAGUUACAAGGGGCAGAAAGAGCAGCCAGGGAAGGGGCACAUUUGCCCCAAGGUUCCAUACCCUUGCACUUAGCCAAAGUUAAACCACAGUUCAUUAUGCAAACUGCAAAUCACCACAAAGAAGAUCAAGCAAAGAGGGCUUUUGUGUGAGCAUAUGCCCUACUUAAAAGGGACGUGGGUGGCGCUGUGGGUUAAACCACAGAGCCUAGGACUUGCUGAUCUGAUGGCCGGUGGUUCAUUUCCCUGCGAUGGGGUGAGCUCCUGUUCUUCGGUCCCAGCUCCUGCCAACCUAGCAGUUCGAAAGCACGUCAAAUUGCAAGUAUAUAAAUAGGUACUGCUCCAGCGGGAAGGUAAACGGCGUUUCCUUGCACUGCUCUGGUUCUCCAGAAGCGGCUUAGUCAUGCUGGCCACAUGACCCGGAAGCUGUACGCCGGCUCCCUCGGCCAAUAAAGCAAGAUGAGCGCCGCAACCCCAGAGUCAGCCAUGACGGGACCUAAUCAUCAGGGGUCCCUUUACCUUCACCUUUUAUGCCCUACUUAACUCCCCAUGUGCUUCAUAUUACCUACCCAACAUCCCAAAAGAAUUCGUAGAGCUGUACUGCUACCAUUGCCUCAUCAGAUCUCCCUGCCCCUUCCUACUGGCUGGCUGCAAAGGUGUGAAAAUUUUCUCAAGAGUUCUUUGCCCACUCUCCUCAAGAGCACUCAAAAGAUUAUAGCAGCCUAGGGUUUCUUUAACCCCUUCCUUCCACUGCUCUACAUUAUUCCCUUGCGCGCGCAACCCCCCCCCCCCCAAAUGUUAUACUGUAACAUGACUCCAUUACUUUCCCAUUUAGAUACUAUAUCAUCUUUCCCCAGAUAGGGGAGCUGCAUGAAUAUAACCCAUUAGAGAGUAUAUAGUCUAAUAUUAUUUCAAACAUUCUGCAAAAAAUGUUGGAGAGCAGGGACUUUUUCUUGCUCUGCCCUCCUCUUGGGGCCAAGCCUCGCACAGGAUUCUGCUGUUGCUCAAGCACCAGUCAGCGUUGGUCAGUACCCACACCUUACAUUUAAGGCACUCUUAUCCCACUUUAACAUACCUGGAGAAUCCUGGGAACUAUGGUUUGUUGAGACUGGUGGGAACUGUAGAUCUGUGAGGUCUGUACCCGUAACAAACAAGAGUUCCCAUGAUUUUUUUGCAGGAAGUCAUGACUGAUAAAGUGGAAUAAGAGUUUGUUGUUUGGGGCAGAUGUGACCUUAGACUCUGAGCUUCUCUACACUUCUUCUUCUCUCACUGCUCACUCCCCACCACCACAGGAAAACCACUCUUUAGCACUCAGUUGGAGCACUCCUGGGAAAGGAGUGGGGCAGAGAGAAGACCACUUGGGCCUGUGUCUAGAAAGCAUGGGUCAAGUGGAAAACUGUUCACACCUGUGCUUUCUAAGCAUGGGACUAGCAGAAGUGUGGACUUGUGGUGUAGUGGUUAAAAGCGGUGGACUCGUAAUCUGGUGAACCGGGUUCGAUUCCCCGCUCCUCCACAUGCAGCCCCUAGGUGACCUAGGGCUAGUCACACUUCUCUGAAGUCUCUCAGCCCCACUCACCUCACAGAGUGUUUGUUGUGGGGGAGGAAGGGAAAGGAGAUUGUUAGCUGCUUUGAGACUCCUUAGGGUAGUGAUAAAGUGGGAUAUCAAAUCCAAACUCCUCUUGAGACUUAUAUAGCAGCAAGUGGUUCUGUCUAACUUUACUGAAAGGGGCUUCUUCAGUUAAAGGGGCCCAGCCUUCUCCAACUGUUUUUUCCACUUCAACUUAGCAGGGAAGGCUGGCUGGCUGCAUGAGGGCUUCUGUGAUACGAGAGUCCUCAGGGUCAGAGUAUGGCAUCAUUACACCCUUUGGCUGGCAUGGCGCCAGCAUCACGAGAUCCUCUCAUGGAUGUCCUUCUGGGGCUGGCCCUCUCUGUAAUUUCCCUUUCUGACUCAGACUCCUUGACAUCCCAUGAAUGAGGGGAAUCCAGUGCCAGGGUGAUGAGACAUUUUAUUUUCAGGCAGGAUUCCAUGCUCCUGAAAACUGUUGCAUGAGGGAAGGGGAUGAAGGAUGUGACUACAUAGUGUGCACAGGUUUCAGGGAAUGUCCAGGAGAGUGGGUGGAUUGUGGUGCUGAUGCUGCUACGAUCACCUUACUUCAUCUACCUCAUCUCCUCUCCUGUCUUCCCCCAGUGUUGGUGCUUCCAAUAUGCCCCCCUCCCCCCCGCCACAAAAACCCUUUCCCCUUGCAAUCCAGAUUUGGGACUUUCCAACAUGUGUAAACUUAAGGCUGCCCAGGCCAGUCGGUGAAAGUCAUUGAGCAAAACACAAUUUCUAACCACCACCACCCCAUUGACUAGCAUCUUUAUAGCCUGAUGGGUGAUGUGGGUGGGGUAAACAAACAAGCUACACCUAAGCCAUAGUUAAGGAACUGUGUGAGUUUGCACCUAUCACUGAACCAUAGCAAAGUUCAGUAAGCCAACAACAAACCAUGGUUCCUUUUGGCUAACAAACCAUAGUUAAAGGGCUGGGCUGGGCGGUAAUGGUUUAACAGCAAAUAGUUAUUUAGUAAUAACUAAUAAAUAGGUUUAUUAAUUAUUUAGUAACGAAUAAAUUGGGAUUUAUUAGCUAAACUUUAUUUAAUGGUUUAACAUUCUGUGCAAAGCAUGCAAAUACUGUGGUUUGCUUUUCCAAAUGACUUGUAUGUGUGGGGUUUUAUUAUUACCCCCUACCCCCUCAAAAAAUCUGGGCAAUCACUUUCAUAGACUGAGGAACAUUUUAGGAGUGCUGCAGUGUUAGCACAUAUCUGCACAGCUGUGUGCACCCUCUGUAUCUCUCCUGCCUGCCUGUACUGCUCAAGUUUGCACCUCCACCUAUUUAUUCCCUGCCCCCAACAGAAAGUGAAAUUGGGUAGCAGCAGUGCUUUUCUUCCAGAAAAAAAAGGUGCCAGUACUCACCAUGAAGUUGUUACAGUAAGUGCCAUGCUUUUAACCAGUGCUUUUCUUCCAGGAAAAGAAAGGUGCUAGUACUGCAUACCCUUGAGUGUCCCCAGAUAAAAAGCACUGGAUAGCAGUGUAUAUACAAAAGGCCUGGAGAAAAGUGUCACAUUGGCAUAUGUACAGCCACAUCAAGAAUCAAACAUGACAGAUUACCAUGACUGGUAUUCAAAUAAUGUGUACUCAGUGGAGACCCAUUGAAAUUAAUUCAUCUAACUCAACCGUACUUUAAGAUGUGCUUAUUCAGUUUUCAAAAACAACAAUUUGUUGUUGUUGUUUAGUCAUUUAGUCAUGUCCAACUCUUCGUGACCCCAUGGACCAGAGCACGCCAGGCACUCCUGUCUUCCACUGCCUCCCGCAGUUUGGUCAAACUCAUGCUGGUAGCUUCGAGAACACUGUCCAACCAUCUCGUCCUCUGUCGUCCCCUUCUCCUUGUUCCCUCCAUCUUUCCCAACAUCAGGGUCUUUUCCAGCGAGUCUUCUCUUCUCAUGAGGUGGCCAAAGUAUUGGAGCCUCAGCUUCACAAUCUGUCCUUCCAGUGAACACUCAGGGCUGAUUUCCUUAAGAAUGGAUAGGUUUGAUCUUCUUGCAGUCCAUGGGACUCUCAAGAGUCUCCUCCAGCACCAUAAUUCAAAAGCAUCAAUUCUUCGGCGAUCAGCCUUCUUUAUGGUCCAGCUCUCGCUUCCAUACAUCACUACUGGGAAAACCAUAGCUUUAACUAUACAGACCUUUGUUGGCAAGGUGAUGUCUUUGCUUUUUAGGAUGCUGUCCAGGUUUGUCAUUGCUUUUCUCCCAAGAAGCAGGCGUCUUUUAAUUUCAUGACUGCUGUCACCAUUUGCAGUGAUCAAAUCAACAAUAUGCAAACAAUAAAGAAACAAUGAACAAGGGCUGUGUGAAGCACAUAUUAGGCUUGCCACCUGUCCUGUAUAAUACAGGAUUGUCCUGUAUUUCAAUGUAAAAUGCUGCAUCCUGUAUUGAUACAGUUUUGACCUGUAUAUCAAGUCUUCUCUCUCUCUUUCUGCCAAGUUAGGGAUUCUCUCCAAAUGCAUUUGUUUGAAAGGGUGUGUGAAAGGUCAUAUAUUUAAGCUCUGGGUAGCCAAGCACAGACAGAUUUUAAAAUUCAUAUGUAUGUGUGUGUGCACGUGUUUGUGUGUUACAAAUUCCAGAGAUGCCGUCCUGUUAGGCUGCACGAGAUUGUAAUGGAUUGCUUUGAAGUCACUUUCGAACCAGAUGGGAGGGGGGAAAUCACCCCGAACUGCCCUGCCCUGCUCUGUUCUGUAUUUUGCAGGAACAGAGGUGGCAAACCUAAGCACACUAUUGAAGUUUGAAUAAAAUAAACAGAAGGUUUAGUACACUUGCAGACACCACAAUAAAAUAGAUUCUGUAAAGGGACAUAUUGGAAGCAUGAGUCACAUAUCAACAAGGGAGCCUUCCACAUAGAGGUGUAUAUUGUUGUGGGCCUAUUAAUUUCAAAACUUAUACAGUAAAUGGAGACUGUGCAACAUUAAAAUAGUCUCACAACCAACCCGUGAUGGGAUCAGACAAGACAAUAUCCAGCAUCAGGAACCAAGCAAGACAGAUGACUGUGGGUGGUAUUCAACUAAUGUUUAUUCAGAGUAGACCCAUUAAAAUUAAUGACCUAACUCAGACAUCUUCAUUAAUUACAAUGGAUCUACUUUGAGUAAAAGUUAGUUGAAUUACACAGAACUUCUUCCAGGCUUGGGACAUGCAUUUGGGGGCCUACUUCUUAACCCCCCCCAAAAAAAUAUUUGUAUGGUGGCACAGCUGCUGUUGUGACCUGCCUUAGAUCAGGCCACAACCUGAUAGUGGAUACUGGAUGAGUAGUUGAAGACCAAUGCAGCAGCAAAUACUGCUAGAUGUGGUGGGUUCAGGAAUGAUUUGGACUAAGUUCUGCUUAGAGUAGAUCAGAAUGAACAAACCUAAGCUAGCCAUGCCCAUCAAUUUCAAUGGGUCUAUUCUGAGUAGGAAUAACCUGGGAUAAAAUCCUUUGCUUGGUUAUCUUAUUCAUAAUAAAUACCAGCACUCAGCAUGUUUCUGUCAUUUAUCAAUAUGCAACUCGUGUAGGAGUUAUUGCAUAAACAUCCGUUGGCAAUUAGUAUGAGCAGAGGUCACACCGCAAAUGAGAUUGCUCAUUAACUUUCUACAAUGCUUUCAUUCAAGGAAAUGCAAGCAUAUUGGUGUCAUGUGUGGAGCUCUGUAACCUGGGUCUCUGCCAAGGGUGGAAGCUUGUUGGCCCAGCUGAGCAUAAACCAGGGAACUGAACUUCCUAUUUAUGUCAUGGAUAAACUCCAUCAGCGGAUGUGGGUGGUUGCAUUCUUUAUUUAAGUGUUAGAGAAAUUGUGUAAAUAAUGCAAGUGGAGCCUAGAGCAAAAAGUUCUGAUAGCAGUUUACUGAACAGAUGGAACAACAAACAGUGCAUACCUAUUUGAGGAGAAAGGAACAGACAGGUUUUGUCUUUCAGUUAAGGCCUUGUACAUAACGGGGGGGGGGGGCAUACAACUAAAAACACAGGGGAGAAAACUUCCUGAGAAAUACACAACCAACCAGAGCACAUGCUAGCUCAUGUCACUCUACCUUGUUGCUAAGCAACAUCUCCACACACACCCCUCUUGACUAGUGGACUUAACCUUUAAAUGACAUACUGCAUUAUCUCUGCUGGUGUACUUUCUACAUAAAGUACUCAUUGGUGCAGGAGAUCCACCUUGAUCCUAAACAUAGUCUUUUCUGCUGAUUUUCCCUGGUGGAGAAGGGAUUGCUGUCCCAUGGGAAACAUUUCAGGUAUUCAAAAUGUUUGUGUCCUUGCGAUUUGGGAGUAGUGGGUCACCUAAUACAUGUAUGUAUGUAUGUAUGUAUGAGCGAAUACUAAGAUUUAUUAACUUUCUAAUUUGGAUCUUGUUUCCUACCAAAGCAGCGCUUUUUCUUAGUUUGUAAAUCAUUUUAAUUUUGACUCUUGUCAAUACAGAUAAAGUCCAUCAUUAUUAUUGAAAUUGUUCAUGAAGACUUUUAAAAAGUAUUCAGACUGAAGUGGAAAUGUGAAGAACAGAAUUUAGGACUGGGCAUACAAAAACCGAGUAAUGUAAAACCAACUUUGAUAGAUUCAUCCAUCCUUAGUCAGAAAUGCAGAUGGAAAGGCAAAUAGAAAUCAAUCAAGUGGUCUGUUCACAGCCAUGAUUUUCAAACCAAAAACUUCACGUGGUGUCAAUAGCUCAGACAACACUUCCCCUGUCUUCUUCCCCUCCCACUCCAGUGCUGGCAGGGGGUAAGUCCCCUUUGUGGUACAAUCAGCCCAUGCAGUGCACUGACUGGUUUUGUAAAUAAUGAUCAGUGAAACUGUGCCUCCCCUUCCUGAUACCCUUGGACUCCAAUUUUCAUAAUGGCCAUUGCUGAGGGAUGAAAGGAGCUGGAGUCCACCACCAUCUGGAGGGUGACCUUGAAAUUAUUUAUUAAAUUUAUAUACCAUCCUUCAUCAAAAGACCACAGCGUGGUUUAGAAAGCAGAACACAAAUGGCAGCAUGUAACAUCUAUACAAUAUAAAACUCAAGGCAGUAAUAUAAAUACCAUUACAGUAAUGAGAAAUAGAUAAUAAAAUACGGAUUCUCCUAAAAGAGAAUCAGCAGCAGGAUAUCUUAAAUACAAAAAGUCCUGCUGCUUCUUGUACAGCCAAGUUCUAUAUGCAAUACCUGGAGCAGACGGUCGCUUUGAAUCUACAGUCCCUUUCUCAGGUAGCUGUUAUAUUAUGAGUGAUACUCAGGCACCGUCUACAUGUUACUAAUCCAGAUUGCCCAGUGGAUAACGAUGGCGAUGACAGUAUGAUUGCAUCUUACACACAUUUUAACUUGUGUGAUUUCAACCUUAAGUGGUUGCAGGCAAACUGGCCGGCUGAAACUGCACACGUUAAAUGUGCUUAAAGGGCUUAAAAACUAUUCUUGUGUUGUGUCUGCUUGAGGUUUCCAAACGUGAAAAGAAAAUGAAGGCUCUCUGCCUUGCUUGGUGGCAGGGAGAGGCACCAAGAUUAAGUGCUGAACUACUGCACUUAAUCUGAUCUGGUGUGAAAUCUGGUUUCCCUGCUCAGUUACCAGCUGUAAAGUGAUGUCUAGACUCUAGGGGUUAAAAGUUAACUGCAUAUACCAGGUAUCCUGUCCUCAUGCCAGAUGGGACUCUCCUGCAUUCCAUCUGUUUGGUAAGCACAGCUGUAGGAAGCAAAUGACAAUUAGUAAUGCCUGUGUUGUUGUCGGGGGGAGGUGGUGUGUGGGGGGGGGCAGGGAUUGACCAGUAUAAAUAUGAACUGGACUGGAAUGUGUGGGGUUUUAUUUUUGCUUGGUGCGAUUUCUCUAGCCUUUCAGCAGGCACUGAAAAUAGUACAUACAGUGAAGGUGUCUGCCUGAUGUCACUUAGGCAAGGAGUUCCAGAGUGUAAGUGUUGCCACACUAAAAUACCAAUUUCUUACAAAUGUGGAACAGGUAUUAUGUGGCAGUGUAACGAUGCCAGUUAUGCAGACAGACGUGGUAGAGUGAGUAUAUUUGGGGUAAGGUGAUCUUGCAGGUAAACUGGUCUGAAGUUGUUGAAUAAAUCCAGGGGUGGGGAACAUUUUCAGCUCCUGGUGGACAACUUUGGCUGGGUCCCCCCCCCCCCACUUUGCAGUGAAAAUUGAAUUGAAGCCACAGUGCUGAUGACUUUCCUAGCCAAUCCAAGUGGGGCUUGAUUUUCACUAUCCAUAAUCCUACUGAUACACUGCAGAGUUCCUGAAACUCCAGAGUGAAGCUAAUCAGCUGAAUUCAGACCCUACUUUUUGAAGGGGUUGUGUGCUCCCAGGUGGAACCAAUCCCAGAGGUGCUUGGAUUUGGUGCCCUGUUUAAAAGGUGCCAAACACAGCCUCAGUUUGCCAAGGAGCAAUUAGGAAUAUGUUUCAAGGCUCCUGGUGGUUCCUUUGCACCCGUGUUGUUACCUGUCCUGUACCUUAUUUAUCUAAUCCCAGUGUAAAACAAACUGGCAGUGAUCUACCCAUUGACAUUGGAGGGAGGAGGAGUGUGCGUGUGUUGGGGGGGGUGUAUUGCCCAGAGUUGUUGAGCUUUUAGGGGGUAGGAUUCACCAGAGUUCUUCAGCUUUUAUUUGCUAACUUUCAGUAAACUUUAUUUAAUUCCACGAUCGAUAAGGGUCCCACGAUCUACCAGGAUCAGCCAGGGAUCUACCAGUAGAUUGCAAUCUACUGGUUGGACAUGUUUGAUUUAGAGCAUCUACACCCUAAUAUUUGGCCAAAAAGGCUCACAGUGUGGCUUAGGUAAAGGGACCCCUGACCAUUAGGUCCAGUUGUGGCCGACUCUGGGGUUGUGGUGCUCAUCUCGCUUUAUUGGCCAAGGGAGCCGGCGUACAGCUUCCGGGUCAUGUGGCCAGCAUGACUAAGCCACUUAUGGUGAACCAGAGCAGCACACAGAAACGCCGGAGCGGUACCUAUUUAUCUACUUGCACUUUGAUGUGCUUUCGAACUGCUAGGUUGGCAGGAGCAGGGACAGAGCAAUGGGAGCUCACCCCAUCGCGGGGAUUCAAACCACCAACCUUCUGAUCGGCAAGUCCUAGGCUCUGUGGUUUAACCCACAGCGCCAUCCGCGUCCAGUCAAUUAAAACAAGACAUUGCCCGCCUACAGGCUCCCCCCCCCCCUCAUGCAUUAGAGAUGCCACACUGCUGAAUUAUUCACUUGUGCAUUUUCCUUUACAGAUGUCACCUGAAACACUUCCUAUAUUCCAGAAACAAGAGGCCUCUCCUGUAAAUUGUGAGUUUGCUUAAAAGAAGAAGAAGAAUUGUAGUGUUUGCUUUGUGUUCUGAAUAAGAUUCUCCCUGCAGCAAAUUUCUCCAGGCAGUAGCAGGCAUUGGCAGAAUAGGAGCAUAGGAAGUUACUUUAUAACAAAUGACAUCCCAAAAGACAUGAAGAGAAUCUUUUUAUAUGCAACAGCUGCCACAAGGUUAUUGACUGCAAAAAAUUGGAAGUCAGAAGAAGUACCAACAUUGAACGAUUGGCAAAAUAAUUUUUUUGAAAUGAUUGAAUUAGCAAAAAUGACGGCAACACUUAGAAUGCAAUCUAAUCAAAAUCUCAAACAGGAAUCGAAAUGUGUAGAAGAAUACAUGACCAAAAGAUGCUCCAACAAGAAUUUAUUGAUAUGUAUAGACUGAUUUCAUUAAGCUAAACUAAGCUAAGCUAAGCAGAUAUAUAAGAUUGAAUAUUUAAUUAUUAAGAUACAAAAUUACAAUCUCAAUAAUAAAGUUACAAAAUAAUAACAAGGAAGUCACUCAUGAGUGGAGGGAAGACACAGGGCAAGAAAUAAGAAAUGGAUAAAUGUUGGUGCAUAAUGAAAUGUGAAAAUGUGAAUUCACGAAUAUAAUGUAUAUGUAUCAAUAUGUAAAGAUUUCAUAUAUGUAUUGCAACAUUAAUAAUAAAUAAAUAAAGUGCAAAAAAGGAAGUUACCUCAAACUGAGUCAGAACACAAGACCAUCUAGGUCAUUAUUGCUACACUGACUGGCAGCAGUUCUCCAGUGUUUCAGGCAGGGGUCUAUCUUAGCCCUGCGUAGAGAAGCCAAGGAUUAAACCUGGAACCUUGUGCAUGCAAAACAGCUGCUCUCCCACUGAGCUACAGCCCUUCGCCCAUGAUGCUUAAUUGUGGGGAAAGCUCGCGGUGAAAACUGUGCUUGAGGUGAUAUCACAGCUUAGAAGGGGGAUGCAUUCUCCAUGGCAGGAAUGGGAAACUUAUGUGGCCCUCAAAAUGUUGUUGAACUCUGUUGCAGGGGGUUGGAUUCGAUGGCCCUUGGGGUCCCUUCCAACUCUAGAAUUCUGUGAUUCUGUGGGCUAGGGUGGAUGGGGGUUGAAGCCCAACAGCAUCUAGGGGGCCAUCCUCCCUGUCCAAAAAGGAGCAUAGCCCUGGACUGCAGAGGUUCAGGGGCCUCAGUUCACUUCCAACAUGUGCUAUAGCAAGUUGCUCCUUAGGAGGUCUCUAUGGUGCUGUGCAACCCGUGCAAAAUGCAGACCAUCCAUUUCUACAUCAUCUCCAAUUAGGGGCUAUCAGACCUCCAAUAACAAAAAAACACAGGACAGUCUGCUUGAUGGUCAACAAACCAGUAUUGAUUGAGAGCUAGUGUGAUGUAGUGGUUAGACCAGAAAUAGCCAGCAGGUGUCCUCUAGGUGUUGUUGGCCUGCAGCUGCCAUCAUCCAUGACCAUCCAUUGGCCAUCUUGGCUGAGGUUGUUGGCAGGUGUAAUCCAACACUAUCUGGAGGGUAAUCCCCAGAUUAGAAAUUUGGUCUGGGGUCUGGGAGAGCAGGGCUCAAAACCCCACUCAGCCAUGGAGCUCAUUACAUCACAACCAUGUGAGGUAGAUUAUGCUGGGAGUAAUCAGUGACUGGCCCAGAGUCACCCAGUGAGCUUCAUGGCCAAGUGAGGAUUUGAACCCUGGUUUCCUUCAGGCCCUAGUCCAACACACUAACCAUUACACCUCUGGAUGGGUGAUAAGCCAAGCUGCCUUUAAAACUCUGUUUGUGCCUCUGCAGCCAGGGAUAGGCAGAAAACAUUGUUCUUGACAUUCUGUAUCACUCCCUGCCUACUUAUUCAAGGGACAGGUUUCUCAGGAAUUCUCCAGAGAGCUUAUUUCCUGAACCAUAGUGAGAAAUCCCAUUAUUUAUUGACAGAUGAGAAUAAAUGCACUACAUUUAAGGUUUCUAUGCUCCCUUAGCUGGUGGUCACCUGUGCUAAAACAUACUUCUACACUGCUUGCACCUUUGUGAAGAUCAAUGAUUUAUAGGAAAUAGAUUUGACUGGCACAUUUACAGAAAGUUCAACAACCAUGGCAUUCCAAAAAGGUUGCCCUCAAGGGAAUGUAGCCCUGAAGUUUAAAACAGUUCUCCACUCUUUUAUUAUGGGAUGGCAAUAUACAUUUGGCUCCAGGAUCGCUGGGCUCACUCAACAUCUGGUUAGAGGGGCAAUGUAUGGUUUAUCCAGAAGAAAGUAAGGAUGUACAAGAUUGUGGUCUUAGAGUGCAUUAGGUAAUUCAUUCUCUCUCCCUUUCUGUCUCUCUCUCUUAUGUUGCAGAUUCGGAAAGCAAGCCAAAGAUCCACCUUUCAGGUAAUUUUUCACUUUGCAGUUGUUUCUCCUCCAAAGCUUUAUGUCUCUGGAGUGUGUUCCUUCCACUUUCAGAAGCCCAUCAGAAUAGAAAGGUCUCAAGAAUAGCCCCUGGUAGUGUUCAGUGGUAUUAAAAUACAUUAUGCAAAGCACAGUUGUCUGGAAAUAUGGUACUGUGCAUGCGUUUAAAAGAACAGCAUACACUUCUUGCAGUGGCUAGAUAUGGUAGGAUGGUGAAACUAUUAAAGUGGUGGCUGAUGCUCAUUGAGAUUGGUAGGGCAGAGAAUGGGGAGCCCAACAUUAGGUGGUGUAAAAGCCAGUGACAGGAAAAGUCAGAGCCAGUGCCAUGUGGAGCCAACUAAUUUUAGUUUUGUCCCCAUCCUCCUCCCAGCUGAGUUUUACAAGGAGAACACCGAGACUAAAGCAGAGGAAGCUGAGGGGCUGUGCCACCCCCUUGACUGGUAGGUGGGGUCUGGCUAUGGGCAGGCAGAGAUUGGCAUGCCAAAAUCCUAAUGGCCCACUAGAACUACAGUACCCCUCUUCUAGGUCUUCAGUGGGCAACACUAAACAGAAAUAGACCUGAGAAAAUAUGGAGAGGAUUUGGAAGGAAGAGAGAGAGAGACAGACUGGAUAUAGUACAGAAUGGAGAGACAAAGUUACCAGUCUAGUGAGAUGAACCCACUGGUUCAAGUUUCAUGCACCACUAAAUUUAGAGAAAUGCAAAUCUUGAGUGACCCUUGCAUUUUUGACAGUGUUGUGUUUCAGGAAGUGCAGUAGGUAGGUUUACAUUAGGAUGCAACCUAAACUGAAUCUAUCUCCUAUCCAUAGACUCAGGUAGGCUCACCUGGGUUCAGGUGGGACCUCUGGUGUUCAUCUGAGUUUGUGGCAGGGAACCAGUGACCCUCCAUUACUCAUCAGCCUCAGCCACCACAGCCAACUGCCAGAGAUUAUGGGAGCUGUUGUUCAGAAAUAUCUGGAGGUACACAUUUUCUUCCCCACUCCUGGGGUGAUGGUGAUGAUUUGGGGCUGAAUCUGAAUAACAGGCUAGAAAGUCACAAAAGCCAUCAGCCUCUUUGAAUGUUUUUAGCCCUCAGUGAGAGCAUAUAACUAAAUUGUUUUGCUUUGUCUUAUCACAGCUAUCAAGCAAAAUUCAUCCUGUGCCAACAAUGUGCUUCCAAUCUUAGAGUGGACAGUUCGCAGGAAUGAACAGCACAGUCCAAUGAAGUAUUUCAAUGGUUUCUUGGUGAUCCCAAAAAAUGGAUAUUACUUUGUCUACACUCAGGUCACUUUCCGAUGUCCUGAUGGUACAUGCGAAAACAUAGAGUACUGUGGAAAGAAAGGUGUGGAUGUAAGAAACGUAAUGCAGGUGGUUUCAUUGAAGAGCCCAAGCUAUCCUGCACCUCGCCCAAUCAUGAAAGGUGAGAGUUCCAUUGACAAUAAUGGAAAAUGGAAGAAAACCAUUUAUGUUGGAGGUAUUUUCCAGCUAUGGGAAGAUGACACACUCAUGGUCAAUGUCAGCAAUCCUGCACUGGUGGGAUUUGGUGGUGAAGGAGACAUAACCUACUUUGGUGCUUUCUUAAUCUAGCUGCCCAUUUGAAACCAUGGAUUCUCCCACUUACAGACCAGAAUUUCCACAAUGCAGUGUAAUAAAAGGAUGCUACCUACAAAUGCUUCCAGAAAUUUCCUCUGCUGACAUGGCCUUGAUGGGGAAGUUCCAAAGUACUGGUCUUGUUUUCUGAAGUGGAGUUGAGGGAUCUGGAAUCCUUCCAUGUCACAUAAAUGCUGGUUUUGGAUGUAUUCUGUCUGCUCAGCUCCCUGAGCUUUCAAUUCUUUCAGGAUAUUUGUAUCGUGCACACACUGAACUGCUAAUCCACAACUUAGAACAUAGGAAAUUGCCAAUUCUACUCUGAGCCCAUUGGUCCAUCUGGCUCAGUAUUGUCUACACUAACUGACAGCAACUCUCCAGGGUUCCAGGAAUGGGGUCCUUCCUAUCCCUAACUGGAGAUGCUGGGAACAAACUUGAGACCUCCUGCAUGCAAAGCAGAUGCUCUACCACUUAUCUAGGACCUUUCCCUGAACUUCAUUUGCUCACACAUAGAGUUGUGUCAGGAGUCAUUUUUAAGCAAUAAUUUUCUGAUUUGCACAUACACCACCACCAAAACAAACAAAUGAAAAAUAAACUUUUGGUUUGGUGUUUUACCAAUGACUGGGAGAGUUCGUAUGCACACUUUAGCACAUAGAUAAAAAUACUAUCACACACACAAUCAUAGAAUUGCAGUUGGAAGGAACCCCAAGGGCCAUCUAAUCCAACCUCCUACAAUGCAGGAAUCCUGCCCACAGCCAUCUCUGGGUGGGCUCAAACCACCAACCUUUCAGUUAGCAGCCAGACACACUAACGCAUUGUACAUCACUGGCAAAGUGUUGGUGUGGUGUUUUACCAAGGCUGAGAGUACAUGUGCUCAUGAAUAAAAACAUAGCAUAAAAAUAAUAUUGAUAAUAUUAUUGAUAAUAAUAUUGAUUUCAUCCAAAGACAUUGUGAGGCCUGAAGCACAGCACAGAGGAAUAGCACAGAUUUUGCUAUGAUUUAUACUUGCUGAUUUAUUAUUCACAUAUAUGCCACUUCCAAUGGGAAGGUCAAUCUGUAAAAAAAAUUUAAAAAACAGAGGAAGGGGCAAAAGAUCCAAGCUUUGCUCCCUUCCAAUUUGGAUGACACUAUAGCAAUACCCCUGAUACAAUUGUAUUUGUGAUCACUAUGAAGUUCAGUAGCAUAGACAAGAGUGAAUGCAGGUUCACUGAAGGGACUGGACCCUGUAACAAUUUGCUCAUCUUUCCAAUUAGAAAGUUUGAUGUAUCCCAAAUUAUACUAGACCUCAAGUGUCAGAGUAUGCAGAGAAGGGGUAAACAAAAACUCCAUAAAGGAGCAGGAAAGGAAACAUCUGUCUGGCCAGUUUGAAGCUGCUACUCCCAAGAUUAUAUUAUCUGAAGUAGUUUCUUUGUGCACACAUGUUCCUGUGCUUUUCACCCUGCUUGAAAUUUCCCAAGCUCAAAUAAUGGUGCUAUUGGCUUGAAACAUGCCCCUUUCCCACAUUCUGCUCUGGGACAAACAGAACACCCCCUCUGUAUCUUUUAACCCAGUGCAGCUUCUGAACCCUCACCUGCCCCUUGAAAUGGAAUGGAAACCAUUUCAGAACCUGUGGAGCUUUCAACAUUUGUCUCCGUCAUUGCAUUGUACUGUGUUGACCCCUCGCCCUUUUUUCUUCUUUGUUCUUAGAGGGUGGGAAAUGAAAUGAAAUAAACAAUGCAUGGAGAUAUACCUGGUUAUGGGCUCUGUUUGCAUGACUACAAGGAAUUAUGAGGAAUCCAGCCUUGUAACUGGAACAGUUGUGCAUCAGCAAGAAACUAUAGGGCUAUGUGCACAUUGCUGUGAAUCUUUCAGUGGAGAACUGUGGGACAAGGGAGAGAACUACAGGUCAUAGCUACACUCUGAACCUACCGGUAUAUUAAAUUGGUUCUAAUUAACCAUCAUGGCAUUCACUUACUCCACCCCAAAGAUUUGAGAUGUGCAGCAUGGAAAUUGGGUUUUGACCUAUACCAUAUUAUACCUGCUCGUAUACAUGCAUCACUGCAUGCAAAAUGUGCCAUUCCUUAGUUAUUAUUAGAAUCAGAAUGUAUGCACAACCUUUCAUUCCAGCGAGAAAUACCAAGACAGAAAUGCCAAGGCACAAACAAAUACCAAAAUAGCAAGAACAAAGCCAAUCAUAAAAAUACAGAGUAGUGGCAGGUUCAUCCACACUGCAAAUUUCUGAGUAGUUUUAUACCACUUGUACAUUUCCUAGAUGGAAUCCUGGGGUUUUGUUAAAAAUUCUCCCCCAAGAAUUAACUGUGAAAGAUUAGUAAUCUGUGGCACCUGCUCUGCUCAGACUAAAAUUGUGGGGUUGCCCCAGUGGAGAGUGAGUGACCCCUUAAAUCAGCUCAGAUCUGUGGUGCGGAUAUAUCUCUAGGUACAGUACUUAAAUGCCUUGGGGCACAAGACCCAAAACCAAAUGUGUGUAAAUGUAAAACAGGCGAUAAGGUGUGACUGGAGUCUUAGCAGCACUGAGUAUUACAGCAUGCCCAUCUGUCUGGUAAGCAAAGUAUUGGAGGUGAGGAUGAAAAGAUCUGGGGCCUAGCACAAUACCCUCAGGGCUUACGGCUCCCUAAACCACCCCUUAACAAUAUCCUUGUAAUUAAAUAUGCCCCAAGAAUAUAUCUCACUCUCUGUUGCACUAUGACACCCUCUUGCAAAUUAGUCCUUGGAACAGAGUUGUGAGAAUGCAAAAAGGAAAAAAGGGGGGGAAGAGUUCCUAUUUUACAGCAUAAAAUGACAGAAUAUAUGGAAACUUCUUUGAUGGAUUGGGAGAACAAGUUUCUAGACAUUAUUAAGUCCAGGAUAGCAUGUGGGUAUGUGAGCAAUGCCUUCAGAUUAUUCAAAAGCCACAAGGAUAAUAGUUAGGAGUGGGACUCAGUAUGCUGCAUAGUUAACCGGGAGAACCCAGAAAAAAGAGCAUUUAUGAAACUGGUUCAUUCAGUUUGGGGAAGGGAAUGACUUGGUUUCUCUCCUUUUUCUUAAUUUCCCUUUGAAACUAUGGUUUUUAAGGUCUUUCAGGUUUGCUUCAUGUACAAGAGGAAACAAACUAAUGUAACUUCUGUUGACAUAAAUUCCCCACAUUGUUUUCUGUUUCUGGAAUACAUGUUAGAUGCUAUUGUGUAUUAAAUAUUUAAAUAGAUGAUUUUUAAAAAUUAGUUCUGUCAUGGUUGUGUUUUUAUUCAGUUUCCUCUAUUCCUCAAAAUAAAUGUCUGAGGUUGACCCCAGAGAUAUUGAAGCAGCUGUUUAAUUCUUACACAGCAAAAAAAACCCUCCAUCAGCAUAGAUAAAUCUUUGUUAUUAGCAAACCAAUUUGAUAUACAGGUACUGAGGGAGGAUUGGAAGAAAGAAUUAGAGAUCUCAAUUUCCAUCACAGAAUGGGAAACUGUUUUAACUGCUAUAACAAGGGUGUCUCUGGACCUUAAGCUGAGGCUCAUACAAUAAAAAAUUAUAUUUAGAGUAUACUGGACCCUAUUACAUUUGUUUUAAAAAGGGCUAUCUAAGGUAUCUAACUGUUGGAGAUUGUGAUGGGAUUAUGAGCUGCUUGUGCGUAAAAUCGUAUUCCCUCAGAGUUUGUUCAAGUCCACAAACCUCUGUCUGUGACUGAGCCCCUCUGACAUGGCUCCUCUUAGUCACUAGAAGAUUCCGACAGUGGUUGCUUUCGUAAUCGCUUCCAACAUAAAAGCUCCUUAACGGAAACACGUCUUCUGGACUCUCUGCGUGACAGUUUCCGGCGAGGAGUGGGUGUCGCUACAGGAGGUCCGGAAACCUCACCACUGUUUUCGCUGGAAGUAUCUCUGAGCCAUCCCCCAGCUCCCUUUCCCUCAGUUCAGCUUCUCUCCCCUGCUGGUUUCCUCUUCAGCUGCUAAGUCUCUUCCAACCUGUCUGAGCCCUUUCACCUCCCUCAGUUCAGCUUCUCCCCCUGCUGGUUUCCUCUUCAGCUGCUAAGUCUCUUCCAACCUGUCUGAGUCCUUUCACCUCCCUUCCUACCGAUGGCAGUUCCCUGACAUCCACCUCCCCUCCAGGGCCCCCUUCACCCCCUCUCGCCCCUCCUCUACGGGCGGUGAGGAGGCAAAACCCGGCAUGAACUUCCUUCAUCUUCCGAUGUCUCGAACACUUCUCUCCACCUGUUGCGGUUCCUGGUCUCGAAGCACUCCUCCUCCUCCGAGUCCAUCUCCCCUUCCCCUUCCGAUUCUGGGAAUCCUUCCAACUCCUCCUCCUCCUCAGUGGUCCCAAAGUAUUCCCUCCGGAACCUCUCCACAGGCUGAGGUUUCCGCGGGAACCUUUGAUGGAACAUUUCUAUCAAUACCUCGUCAUUGAUAUCUUUGGCCAUUACCCACGUGUUUUCUGACUCCGGUUCUCCUUCCCACGCUACCAAAUACUCCACCUGAUUCCCCUUCCACCUGGCAUCAAGGAUUUCUGCCACAUGACUGCUGCAUUCUCUUUCUUCUAUGACCGGUCCCCGAGUGGCCAUCCCUUCUCGUCCCCCCUCGUACGGUGACAGUAACGACCUGUGAAAUACUGGGUGCAGUUUCAUGUGGUUGGGUAACCGGAGCCUGAAAGCCACUGGGUUGACCUGUUGAAUGACCUCAAAGGGACCCAACCUCCUGGGUCUUAAUUUCUUACAACCUCCUUUGAACGGCAACCCUCGGGUUGACAGCCACACCCUCUCUCCAACCCUUAUGGUUUCACCUUCCCUUCGGUUCUUGUCUGCCUGCCUCUUGUAUUCUUCCUUCGCCCUUUCUAAGUUGAGUUGGAGCUGACGGUGGAUUGCUUCCAUUUCUUCUACAAAAUGCUCGGCUGCCGGUACGCUCCAUCUCUCCCCUUCUCCCCUGGGAAAGCCCUGGGAUGACACCCAUAAUUAGCCAAGAAGGGGCUCAUCCCUGUGGACACAUUCUCGGCAUUGUUGUAGGCAAAUUCCGCCAGCGCCAACUUUUCUACCCAGUCAUUCUCUCUGUCAUUGACAUAACACCUCAGGUAUUGCUGGAGGACACCGUUUGCUCUUUCCGCCUGCCCGUUGGUUUCAGGGUGCCGGGCAGUCGAAAAGUUGACCUCCACCUGCAGUAAGCUCAUGAGCUUCCUCCAGAACCUGGAAGUAAAUUGUUUUCCUCGGUCUGAGACCACCCUCAAUGGCACCCCGUGCAACCUAAAAAUGUGUUCUACAAAUAACUUUGCUGUCUCUUCCGCCGUGACUGCAUGCGAGCAAGCUACAAAGUGGCACAUCUUUGUUAGUAGGUCUACCACCACCAUGAUGGCUGUUUUCCUUUGGACUUCGGCAGAUCAGUCAUAAAAUCUAUCGACACUGCCUCCCAAGGUCGUUCUGGUGUUGGUAAGGGUUCUAAUAGCCCCGCCGGCGCCCGCCUUUCCCCUUUGGCUCGCUGGCACUGCUCGCACCCUCUUACAUACUCACGUACAUCCUCCCUCACCUUAGGCCACCAAAAUUCCCUGGUGACCAACCACAUGGUUUUGUGUUGCCCAAAAUGCACCGCCGUGGGGCUGUCAUGCAACUGCUUGUGUACCCUCCCGCUUAAGUCUCCUUCAGGGAUAUACUGUGCCCUUUGUAAUACAAAGCUCCAUUUCUUUCCUCGAAACCCCUUGAUUCCUCUCCCUCAUCCCUAAGACCUCUAAGCUUAUUCUGGGCGUAUUCAUCAUUCUCUGUUUCUUCUACCAGUUCUCUUUGUCCCACCAAUGCCGCCCCACACACCCAGCGGUCCUCUGGAAUGACAUGUCUCUCUUCGGGUGCUCCCUCCCCUCCAAAUAUUCAGGUUUGCGUGAGAGAGCGUCCGCCCUAAUAUUCUCUGGGCCUGGCACGUAACAAAUCUCAAAGUUAAAUUUGGAGAAUUCCUGAGCCCAUCUCACUUGCCGUUGGUUGAGCACUCGUGCCGUCCUCCAAUACUCUAGGUUCUUGUGGUCAGUGCACACUUGCACCUUAUGUUGUGCGCCAAUUAGCAGGUGCCUCCAUCUCCGGAACGCCUCAUGAAUGGCUAGUAGUUCUCGGUCAUACACCGUGUAGUUCCUCUCGGAUUUGUUCAGCUUUCGCGAAAAAAGCACACGGUCUCCACUCUGACUCCUCCUUCCCUGGCUGGAGAAGCACCGCCCCAACCGCUCUGUCUGAUGCAUCAGUUUCCACUCUCAUCGGUUUUUGUAAAUCCACAUGCAGGAGCUGUUGUUCCGAGACGAAGGCCCUUUUUAGUUCCUCAAAUGCUUGCUCCGCCUCCUCCGUCCAAACGAACUUCUUCUUACUGCUGAGACAGUCCGUAAUGGGCGCCGUAAGGUGGGCAAAGUUUGGGAUGAACUUACGAUAGAAGUUCCCAAACCCUAAAAACCUCUGCACAUCCUUCCUUGUUUUGGGUGUUUUCCAUUCCAGUACCGCCUGGACCUUGCCGGGAUCCAUGGCCAACCCCUUGUCAGACAGGCGAUACCCCAGGAAUUCCACCUCCUUGGUAUGAAACUGACACUUCUCCAGUUUCACCCACAGCUGGUUGGCUUGCAGCCUGCUCAACACUUCUCUGACGUCUCUCACAUGCUGCUCCUCAUUCUCAGAAUACACCAACACGUCGUCUAAGAAGGCCACACAAUUCUUGUAAAGCAACGGCCCCAGGACGUGGUUCAUAAACGAUUGAAAUGUUGCGGAGCCUGCUUGUAGACCGAAGGGCAUAACUAAGUAUUCAAAUGCCCCUAAAGGGGUGAACAUGGUGGUUUUCCAUUCAUCCCCCUUCCUUAUUCGUAUCAGGUUGUACGCCCCCUUAGAUCCAGCUUGGUGAAAAUCUUUCCCUUUCGCACCCUUGUCAAAAUGUCGUCAAUCCUGGGCAUUGGGAAGGCCACUGGUUCUGACACUGCAUUUAAGGCCCUGAAGUCACACACCAGUCUCGGCUUGUUCGUGUUUUUUGUCCACAAAAAACACUGGGCUGCCCCCCCACCGCCCUGGACUCUCUGAUGAACCCUCUCUUCAGGUUCUUGUCAAUGAACUCUCUUAGCUCCUGCAUCUCUCUGUCUGACAUGGCGUACAGCUUGCCCACAGGGAGCUGUGCCCCAGGGAGCAAAUUGAUUUGACAGUCAAAGGCUCUAUGCGGUGGUAGUUGGUCAGCUUCCCUUUCGCUGAAGACGUCGCGGAGAUCUGCGUAUUGUCGUGGUACCUUCACGUUCUCCUUCACUUCCGUCCCUGCUAGGGUGGCUUGGGCCCCUGCCAAAACCUUUCCCUCUUUGCAAUGUUCUAAGCAAUGUGCUGACCCAAAAGAAACCACUCUCUGAUGCCAGCCCACCAGCGGAUCAUGUAACGCUAGCCAGCUCAUCCCCAAUAUAAUGGGAGCUCCUCCCAAGGUGGCCACAUUAAAAGCUAUCAGUUCAGUGUGCCUUGCCACCUUCAUUAUCAUUGGGACGGUCUGCAAGCUGACUUCUCCUCCCAACAGCUCCCUGCCAUCGAUCGUGGUUACCUGCAGGGGGUUACUUAAAGGAGCGUCUGUAUCUGGUGUUCAGCUGCAAACUCUUUGCUCAUGAAAUUGCAGGAGCUGCCUGAGUCCAACAGCGCCUUUAUCUUUAGAGGGUGUCCGUUUGGGAGCUCUAGUGUCACUUCUAUCACUAGGGCGGGUUUAGGAGGGUUCUGGAGUGGGCACUUUCACUGCUCUUUGGCCUGGCUGCUGUGCCCCGACAAUGGCAGCCAGGCGUUGGCUUUUAGUUGCUCCGGUAUUUUUCCUCUCUUCCCUCCACAGCUCCCACCAUCCCUUGCCAUUCCUUCCUCUGGGGGCAGACUCUGGCAAAGUGCCCUGGCUGUUGGCAGAGAUAGCAUUUCCGGGCGCCUUUUCCAUCCUUCUUUCCCCCUCACUGGGCUUUGAAACUGCGCGCGCGCGCUGUUCCGAUUUCCAUCGGCUCUGCCGGCGGGACAGUUGGCUCUGGAAUUUCUGGAAUGCGGAACUCCUUCCAACGUUCCCCUUUCCCUUCCCGCCUCUCCAAUGCUCUCGCCUCCUGGCGCGCUCCUAUGGCCAGCGCUGAUUUGGUCAGCUGGUCCAUAGACUCCGCCCUGGGCGCCCGGGAAAGUUCAUCUUUCACAGCCGAAGAAAGCCCUUCUUCAAAGAGCAUUUGAAUGGGUUCCGCCGAUAAGUCCCACCCCAAUCUGUGUAUCAGCAUGGUGAACUCAGUCCAGUACUCACGUACAGAUCGGCUCCCCUGUUUGCAAGCCAUUAACUGUCUGCGCACCACUCCCUUUUCAAUAUCGCUGGAAAACAUCAGAUCCAUGGCGCGAAAGAACUUCAUCGUGUCCUUUAAGACGUCACUAUUAGCUGCCAUCAGGGUCUAACCCAGUCUCUCGCCCCCUUUUCAAGAUGCCCAAUCACAAAAGCCACUCGUGAUUCCUCAUCAGGGAAAUCAUCAAACUGCAGAUUGAGGGCAUAUUGCAUUUCUGUCCGAAAGCUAUGAUAGUCUUUGGGCUCCCCCCCAAAUUUUUGCACCAAUCCUGGUACCUUUCUGGCGAGCUGGGUGGCUUUCUCCCUUUGUCUGCAUCUUGAGCCCUCCUCUCCUCCAGCCUCGCCGUCUGCAGCGCCAGCUGGACCUCCAACACUCGGUACCUUUCUUCCAGGCUUGGACCCGCUCCAGCCCCUGCUUCUCCGGUUCCUGCUGGGUUGCUCAUUAUGCCUUCUCCUGCACAAGCUGCGUUCAAAGACUGUCGGAAUGCUGUGAUGGGAUUAUGAGCUGCUUGUGCGUAAAAUCGUAUUCCCUCAGAGUUUGUUCAAGUCCACAAACCUCUGUCUGUGACUGAGCCCCUCUGACAUGGCUCCUCUUAGUCACUAGAAGAUUCCGACAGUGGUUGCUUUCGUAAUCGCUUCCAACAUAAAAGCUCCUUAACGGAAACACGUCUUCUGGACUCUCUGCGUGACAGUUUCCGGCGAGGAGUGGGUGUCGCUACAGGAGGUCCGGAAACCUCACCACUGUUUUCGCUGGAAGUAUCUCUGAGCCAUCCCCCAGCUCCCUUUCCCUCAGUUCAGCUUCUCUCCCCUGCUGGUUUCCUCUUCAGCUGCUAAGUCUCUUCCAACCUGUCUGAGCCCUUUCACCUCCCUCAGUUCAGCUUCUCUCCCCCUGCUGGUUUCCUCUUCAGCUGCUAAGUCUCUUCCAACCUGUCUGAGUCCUUUCACCUCCCUUCCUACCGAUGGCAGUUCCCUGACAGAGAUGCAAUAGGGAUAAUGCUUCACUAGAACAUGUGUUUUUUUCAUUGUCCUAUAUUGAAAGAUUUUUGGCAGAAGGUAACUGAAACAGAACUGUACAGAACAACCUUACUGGAUAAUUCCAGUUUAAAAGCAAUCUACUGGGAUGUUUGAAGUUUUUGUUAUGCAAAACGCAGCAGGAAAAUUGAUGGUGGAGAUGAUGAUGAUGAUAAGUGAUUUGCAAUAUCUGUAUGGCAGGGGGCAAGAAAAUCAAGCAGGAGGGAAACCUGAGAGAUCAUAGCUCUCCUUUCUGUUCAAUUUCCCCAGAUUUUCCGCUGCAGGUUCUUACUGCUCAGAAAAUUGGAUUGCAGUCGGUCAGAUCGGCUUUCUUAGAAUCGCAUCUGAGCAAUGGAAACCUCUCACAAACACACCUGAAAUUACAAUGCCUGGGCCACCCCUCUCCUUCAGACUGGCUGAGUUUCAGAACUCUCUUUCCCUGUGAGCCAUAGGCCCCCAGAGAGCUAUGCAUUUCAUUGUCUUGUAAACUGUCCAGGAGGAGAGCUUUUUCCACUGCAAAAUAUUAUGCAAUAGAAAAUUGGCACAGUCACAGCAAAGGAGAUGUGUGUGGGGAUUCCCUGUCUCCCUUUUUCAUGGAUGUAGCCAGUAUUUUUGUUAGGAGAGAAGACCUUUUGUGGGGCAGAACCUCAGUUGCCUAUGUAUUUUUAUUGAUUUUUAUUGAUAUGGGGGUGGCAGCUGCCCGCCGCCGCCCAUACUCUCUAUACACUUUGGUUAUUGAAUCACCUGAAAAACUCCAUGGAAUGUCAGAGGGAAGGAAAUAAGAUAUUAGUUCAUACCAGCACUCCUACGCUUAACAGAAGACUAGGGGUAUUAUUAUUACUACUAUUAUACCACAUACAAACUUCAGUUAAUUUAUAAUGUGUUACAUUUAUUUCUUUAUUUGAAAGCAUUUCUAAACUGCUUAAUAUUUUAAAAUAUCCAAAGAAUAUAUAUCAGUACUACAAAGAAACAACUAAACAACAUGAUAAAAAUAGAGAAAACAUCAAAAGCACUGGUAAAAGAGUAUUACAAGAACAAAUUUAGAACACAUUCAGUGAUGGUUGGCGCUCAUUGGACAGAAUGCAGGGAACCCAACAGUAGGUGGCGCUAGAGUCAACAGAGUCUACUGAUUCUACUUUUUUCCAUGUCCUCCCUGAUGACAUGAUGAUGAUGAUGUUCUCCUUUGAUGCUUUCAAGCUCUCUAGAGUCUCAGGAAGGGUUGUUUCACAGCCCUACCUGGAGAGUGGGGUCUGAACUAUGAUAUUUUGCAUGCCAAGCAUGUACUUCAUCCACUUAAAAAUAAAGUACCCUUCUAGUUCUCAAUGUUCUGAAUGAAGGGUUGAAUUAAACAGGAACAUCAGAUGCUGUCAGACACUUGGUCGGUCUAGCUCAGAAUCCUUCUCCCUGAUGAGUUCUACAAGAGCAACACUGCGACUGAGAAGUUGAGAAGCAGGGCCACCCCCGGGCCAGUUAUAAGUAAGAAGGCAGGCAGGCAGGUGGUGGGGGGUGUGUGUGUGAGGGUAGAGUGCAUCAUUCUCUCUAGUGGACCUGUCUCCACUCCAAAUAUUAAAUAUUAGGGCCCUAAAUCUCAUGGAUCAGGGAAAGCCUGGGGAAGCGCUUUUACAAGGUGUCUGAAGGAACUUAAUAGAUGGCGAUUCAUGCAUGGCAGAGGAAAGUUCAUUCCCAGUGCAAAGUUCUAGUUUCUUGUCAAAGCUCUAGUUUCAGUGUGGAACAGAGAGGUGGAAAGAGCCAUCUCCUGAGCACCCUGUCCAGUCUUGGGGAAUCCAAUAGACUAAGGAAUUCUGGGCAAAUCAAGCUAGAUGACAGUCAGAGGCUAGAAGGUAUAAGCCUUGGCACAAAUCUGACUGAAUAGAGAUAUGAGUCAAACCACAUGGCAGUGGCAGCAGCAAAGAGGGCAUAUCUCUUGGCCUCUACUGCAUUCUCAGUGAAUUUCCCAGCAGAGCUGCUUAGAGUGGCACAGCAGUUGGUCCAAACCAGUUUGGCGUUAUUAAAAAUGGAUCACCCAAUAACCUCUUGCGAGAGAUUUGCAUUUCACUUUGACAGAACUAUUAUCUAUAUUCAUGUCAAACCUGCUGCUGCAAUUGGUUCAAAGCUUGCUUGAGGGUCCCUGGAGCACCACCAGAUUACAGUUUGUGGGAUUUCUUUCAGUUGUUGCAGUCAAGGUUGUGGACAAGACACUUCGAGCAGCAAAGUCAACUAUGUGUCCUGUCAAUUCCCUCCCUUCAUUGUGGAUGGUAAAGUCUAGUAGGAGGGAAUUGAAUAGAUGGGUCCUUAUCAGAGUUUGAGGGACUCGGAUAAUUGUGGUAUAUCCUAUCCUGUUUGUUAAUUUCCCCCCAUCAUGGAAUGUGGAGGGACACCCAUUUUUCUAGCUGGGCAAAAACACUCAAGGAGGGUAUCAAAUAAGGGCUGUAGCCUAGAGAGACCGGGCUGGCCACAUUUGACACCCAGACCCGAGGCUCUCAACCCACAUCUUUUGCCUGCAUAAAACAAUUAAAGGCCACAAAGACUCCUCAUUCUUAUAGACUAUGGUGCUAUUAUCAACAUGGUUUGUAACUAUAGUUCAUACAGACAGGCCCAUUUAAAAUUUCAUAGGAACAGCCAUUCCACAUGUUGAGAGGGAGAGAAUGUUUGCACAUUUGAGGGGUGGGGUUUGUCCUAAAUCCUAGAAAUGAAUAAAUGGUAAGAUUUUGAUUAUUUGGGAUAUGGCAAGCUGCAGAGGAACUCCUGGGCUAGCCUAUGCAAAGCAACCUGACCAAGCUAGGUCCAUUAGGAAAAUACAGGGCCAUUGAGGGCCAUUGGCAAUGCAUGAGAACUGCCUCACCCACACCCACCCACCCCCGCCCUGAGGUGUGAACAGAGACUGGGGAUUUGGAAGGUUGCCAGGGUAAAUGGGUGUAAGGUGACAGGAAAAGAGUUUCUUGAGCAAGGCAUGCUGGGAAGAAGAAGGGGGGGAGACAAAGUUCCAUCUUGGCCAGGCUGGCUGAAGGCAGGCUGGGAGAAAUGCCUUGCGCUCCAGUACUGCACUGCUUUGGGGAACAAGCCCCUCUUCAGAUGACCAUGCUGUAAGAUCUGGACUCCCUCAAAUGCCACCUAAGCAUUAAGAUGCUAGGUGUCUAAUUUCAGGUAGUAAUGGGUUCCAGGGGGCUGGAGCUGCAACUUAAAAAGUCCAGUUUCUACUACAUAUUAGCCACACCUCUGGGGCACAAGGUACUCUCAGCAGUAUUGAAUCUGAGAAGCACAGUUGCCAGGCACAGUUUGUUGAAUAAUGGAAUUGUAGAUUUGGAAGUGCUUCUAAGGGUCAUCUGGUCCAUCCCUUUUCAAUGCAGGAAUCGCAGCUAAGGAAUCCCUGACAGAUGGCCUCCAACUUCUGUUUAAAAACCUUCAAUGAAGGGGAGUCCACCACCUCCAAGGGAGUCUGUUCCACUGUGCAACAGCUCCUACCACUAGAAAAUUCCUCCUAAGGGUUUGUCAGAAUCUCCUCUCUUAAGGUUUUCAUCAGUUCGGUGUUCUAAACCACAGGGCUGGGACCUACCCUCUGGAGUAGAAGAAAACAAACUUGCUCCAUCUUCCAUGCGACAGCCCUUCAGAUAUUUGUAGAUGCCUGUCCUAUUGCCUCUCAAUCUUCUCUCAGAUAAACUUACCUCAACGUUCUUCAUAAGGCUUGGGAUGCAGAUCCUUUAACAUCUUGGCACCCUCCCAUAUGGGCUGAGGUGGGCUCCUAGGCAACCUGGUCCCAAGCUAUUCAGAGCUGUCCCCAUCAUUGUUGACUCUUGAACUACAAGCAUUUUAUCAUAACAAUGGAUACGCUUAGUAAAAGAGAGUUUGUGUAAUAGCACCGUCUAGUGACAGUCACCAUGAUUUAUGUAUGGUAUUUGCUUUGUUUGGUCCUGAAUAUAUUUUAUUGAAUUUCAUAAACCUAACAGAUUGCAAUAAAAACAAGUGAAAGAAAAUAGUCCAUAUACUAAAUAAAAACUGCAAUUGCAAAGAAAAAGAUAUAUAGCCCAGACAUGAGGCUUACUACAUCAGUAACAAAAAGUACAAUCAGAAAAAGAAUACACAAAAGGCUUGGUGGUCCAGUAUAGAAGGAAGGAAGAAAAAAGAACCUUGAAGAAUACAAAAUCCAGAGAGUGGCACAAAUCUGUGGGACCUGAUGUUCAGGAGUUGCUACUUUUGUCUAUGAAAUAAUACUUAAGCAAUUAAAUGGUCUUGAACACUUUGAAGCACUUUUAAUUUAUGCAAACCUUUUAUUUCAAGGAGGGCAAUUUGCCAAGUCUUGGAAUACCAGUACUUCAAAUGAGCAAGAUCAAAACUGUUCCAGAAAUUGGCCACUGUGGCCUAGGCAGCUAUCAAGAGAUACAAAACUAAUUCAUUGUUCUUCAAGUCUGGAUCUGGAUCCACAAAUAAAUUCAAGAGUGCCAAACAAGGGAAGAGUGCCAAACAAGGUGAACCACUUGCCCAAUUUUCAAAGAGAUUCCUGAGAACCUCCUUGUCCAAAACCUGUUAACCUUGGUGUAGUCCCAUCCAUAUGUCAGUAGGUCCCAAUGUCCUGGCACCCCUUUCAACAUAGGCGAGAGGCACCUUGAUGUAUAAAUGAAACAGAUAAUGGAGUUAAGUAAGAACCCUGUGCUAUUUUCAGGGAAAGUAUUUGUUUAAAGAUGUACCAUUGUUCAGGAAUUAUAAGAAACCAAACAAUACUGCAACUUUAAAAUGGAUUACUUCUUUUCUUAGUUUCUUUAUGGAAAAAACACAUUUUCAUUCCCAUGCUGUUGGGUAACCUAUAAUAUACAAUCUUGCAAAAUUUGGUUAAAUUCAUUGCAAAGGGUCCAUCUACUGUCUUGAUUCAAAGUAGAACCUAAAUGUAUCCAAAUAUAGACAAAAUAUUUAUCUUUGAUCUCAGGAAACGUCAUGCAAAAGUCAGUUACUGUCCUGCUUCAGAUGAUGCCAAAUCCAGCAGUCCCAAGUCAACUCGCAAGAGCAAUCGAAAAAGCAAGAUCUCAUCAUGGUCCAAAGUCAAAGCAUAAGGGUAUCAUGAGAUACAAGGUCCAGAAGCAGUCCAAGGUCUAAACACAUGGAACUCAUGUGACCAAUUUGGUUGCAUGGUACAUCAAGGAACAGGGCCGUCUUAAGCAUAUCCGGUGCCGUGGUGCAAAGAUCCCUCCGACGCCCACCCACCCCCACUUCCCAGAACCUUUUUGGAAAGGUUCCCCAGAGUUGUUGACCUUUUUCUAGGGAGCUGACACCACGCUUACACAUUAUCUCUCCUUGGGAAAAGAAAACAGGAAGCAUAAACAAACUUUUUUUAGUUGCUUAUUUAUUAACAAUGCACCUAGAUACACACAUAUAUAGUCUCGGGUUCAUGUGGGCCAGCCAAAAUCUGACAAGUCACUCCUGGUCUUAAAUUGUUGAAGCAAAAUGGCAUAGCUUCACCUGGCACCAAAAUGAGGAAAAAAAUGCUGAACUUAGAUAUACCUCAGUCAGUAUAGCACCAGACUCUUAAUCUCAGGGUUGUGGUUUCAAGCCCCAUGUUGGGCAAAAGAUUCCUGCAUUGCAGGGGGUUGGACUAGAUGACCCUGGUGGUUCCCUUCCAACUGUGUGAAUGGUUCUGUUAUUCUGUUGUAUCUGAAGGGCUGUUCACAGGGAAGAUGGAGCAAACUUGUUUUCUAAGAGAUUCUUGCGCUGUGAUUCCUGCACCGGAGGGGGUUGGUCUGGAGGACCCUCUGGGGUCCCUUCCAACCGUCCAGUUCUGUGAUACUAUGAUUAAAAUACUCCAAGAAAUAAAUAAACGGGCUUCUCUGUGGCAAUCACUGGAAAGGCUCCAGGGGCGGCCAUCCCACAGAAAGUUUGGUAUGUGCCCUGUAGCCCAAGCCCCAUUCACCAGGCGAGACCCGGUGAGCCGAAGGAGCGCUCCGCAGUGGCAAUGGGGCUGCCCAGAAGAGCUUGCGCACGUGACUGCAUGCCUGAGGGAUCCUGGCGGGAACUGAUGGGGUUUGAAGUCCUUGGCCAAAGGUAUUAAAUGGCGUUGUAAUGAAGCAAAUCGGUGGAACUAGUGAUUUUAUAUGAAUUUCCAAAGUUUUGAGGCUUUUUCUUAAAGUCGACAGGUUUCGGAAAUACUCUGACAUUGACUUGUUACAUUUCAUCCAGGUUAUGAAAGAGUUAACAAGAUAACGAGGUUUCGGUAGACUCAAUCAGCGGGGAGAUUGAUCAGGUGCUAAAUGAGGAAACAGCGCUGGGAUGAGGGAUGACCCUGGCGCUGCAGAACGGAACAGGGUCCUAGUGCCUCCGACAGUCACCAAGCCCCUGCUCCGCCUUGCUUACCUCCCUGCUCUCCCCUCCCUGGACUCUCCGCCUGGCCCCCUCCACUGCUUGACACCCUGCCUCACUGCACCACUUCUCUCAAUGGUAAAGACGUCCCUGCCAAGGAGCUCAUACAAGGUUGUUCCAGCAUUCUCUGCUAAGAACUGGAGGCUUUUCAUCAUGAGACUUUGGAGCCCCACCCAGAGUACAGCUGUGCAAGCCAUCUGGAUUGCCUGAGGACUGUUGUCUACUCAAGAGAAGCAGCUUCCUCAUGAAUAGCCCCUUAUUCCCAAGGAGUCUUGGUUUCUUUGGGCAGGAAUUCCAGCAUCUGGAAGCUGACUGGACCUGCAAAUCAAUGUAGGCUUGAAAGCUUCAGUCCACCAUCUUGAUUCAAGAUGACAUAUGCUUCUAUCCAAACAUGAACCUGAAAGCUGCUCCACAUCAGGAACCAUCAUGACAAAUCUCACUAUGCUAUCUUAAGAGGUGUCCAAACCCACAGAGAACAGUCAGAAACAAAACAUGUCAAAAUAUAGAUCUAGAUAUUUAAAGUUUAAUUAUUUGUUUGGUAGCAUUUCACAUUGUAUCUGUUCUUAUUUUACUUUAAGGUGCUCCGAGGCCAUUUGCUAUACAUGGCUACCCUUCUGGAAACAGGAGCAGGACAUUCAAAUUCAGUAGUACAACAGGAUAUUCUAGGAAAUUCCCCAGAUGUGUGAUUAAAAAAUAAUAAUGAAAGCUGUGUCAUAAUACCUCGUCAUGACUUUUAGCAGAAAAGAAAAUAAGUGUUUGCUGUUUCAGCGUCACCAACAAUCCUUCUUUGAAGUUCCUGAAUUAAUUGUAAGAGCGAUUAUGAAUAAUUCAUCACUUUCAUAAGUCAGGACACUUGUCACCUUCCUGUCUAAUCCUCUGCACUUUCCCACAUACUCACUUCAAGGCCUCUUGACAACCCUGAUGCAGUGAGCGUCAUGGAGAAAAUGUGUUUGGAACAACUGAACUGCUCCACUAAGAUGGUACAGUGGAAACGAAAAUCGGUAAGGCAGGGCACUUUACUGAGGUUAGGUUAAUCUGUGCGGGCUGGGAGACGCUGCAUUUUGAACAUGAAAUGUUCAAAAUGCCCCUUCCAUUUCUCCUGCUGCUUCGCUGAAGGGGCACUGCACAGAGAGGGGGAGAAUUUUUUUUUCUUGUUCUCCCCCUCUAAAACAAGGUGCAUUCAGUGCAUUCAAGGUGCAUUCAGUCGCCUUCAGUGAAGGCAACCCAAAGCCUCCAGAGUGCUGCGGGAGUUCCCGCUGCGGUCCGGAGGCUUCGGGUUCCUUUCAACCUGCUCUUUGGGGAAAGCCAUCGCCAGCCCCAAAGAGCUUGUCGGGGCUGGCGGGGGAAGCCCAGGUCCCCCCCCCCCAGCCCCAGGGACCACACAUAAGACGCACAGACAUUUCCCUUCGAUUUUAAGAGGAAAAACGUGUGUCUUAUGGAGUGAAAAAUACGGUAGUUAAAUAGCAACACAACACAAGUAGGCCUUUGGUCUGAUUCAGCAGCAUUCUCAGCAGAGGCGAGUUCAUAAGGGCUCUGCCCCACCAACCCCAGCCUACCUUCCGCAGCUUCUUACUUGCAACCAGUCAUGGUUCCUUUGCCAGCCAUUGGCUGUGACUCCACCUACUAUUGGCCUCCCUUCCUCCCCCCCCCGCCCCAGUGCCAAAGGAUACGAGAUACCACUGAGAACUGUGAAAUGCUUUUAUUAAAAAAUAUUUUUAAAAAAAUAUGGAAUUUUUCAUUAGCUCACUCACACCAUCUAGUGUCACAUUUGAGAACUUUUCAUGUGUCCCAAUCAGCCCUCUGUUACACAAACCUCACACAAGGAGCCCCUGUGUGCAAGUGUGGUGUGUUAUGUAUAAUCAUUUCAUUGACACUGGAAUGUGGAAUGUCUAAAUGCAAAUUACUGAAAAAGUUUAACAUGGGGUGAUUCCACUGGAAUACAGUGGUACCUCUGGUUGCGACCGGGAUCGGUUCCGGAGGCCCGUUCACAACAUGGAAAGAGUGCAACCUGCAGCAGAGUGUCUGCGCAUGCGCAGGUUGCGAUUUGCCACUUCUGCACAUGUGCAUGAUGUCAUUUUGCCCGUCGCUUGAAACUGCACAAUAUUAAUAUCUGCAAUGUGGUGCAGCCUGCUAAAAUCAAGUGUUGCUCUGUUUUUAGUGGAUGGAGAACGAAGAUUCUUACAGGGCUAUCCCGGAUAGCACAUGGAAUUCUGGAGAACUGGCAUGUGAUGAUCUCUGUAGCACUCAAUUUUGACAAAUGAGAACAACUGAACAAAAACUGCUGUGAGUAACAAGUCUAAGCAAGCAGCAGGCAUGUAAAAAUAAAGAAGCUGUUAAGAAAUUGCUCUGUGAGCUCUUGCAACACAGUCUCUAGGGAGAUGGUUAAGCAAUGCUUCCUGAUGAAAUCCUGAACAAACAUCAAAUGCACAUUUAAAGCAUUACUCAGUAAUCAUCCCCUCAUUUCAGUCAAUGAGCAUCAACACAAUUUACCAGUUAUCCUGUUCCCACGGCAUAUGCCCUUCUUCAGCUACAGAAGGCCUUUCCCGAUAUUUCUGUCCAGAUAGCCCCACAUUUGACACAGAUGUAGUCCCACAGAGUAUCUUUCUACCUAGGGUUCUGCAAAUCCACAUCUGGAUCCAGGGCCGACCCAACCCAGAUUCUGGCCCCAGACCAGUUUGAAGACUCUCCAUUUUAAAGCCUAAUUAAUCAUGUAGUUGGGAGGAGGAAGAACGAGGCACCUGCAGGCUGCCUAUGUGUGUCUUUUUCCACCACACCCUCUCAUUGCUACCAGGUUGCCCCACAUCUUUUGGUUCCAGGAUUGUUCCAGGCAGGGGUGCCAACUUGAAUAAAAUAUUGGGGGACAGGUAAGCCCCACCCCACAUAAUUGAUCACAAAACACAGCAUACACACACCAUUUGAAUGGGAAUGCCCAUCACCUUUUGGGGGAGGGACAAAGGGACCUCAGCCCCUAAGAGUUGGCUCCUAUGGUUCCAGGUGGACCUGAUCUGACCUUGCAAGAUCUUGGGUUCCCUCAACCCACUCUGGCUGAAUCUCAGGUUGACCCCUAUUGGCCAUAUUCAGUCCAGGAUUCGGGCUGAGCGUGUGCACAGUCCUGCUUCUACCCUGCCCUACCAACCUUCACCAGCUGUCCAGUGAAACCAACAAGAUUGAUGGAAAGCCUUGUUAGUUCAAGGGGUGUGUGUGUGAGGGAGAGAAUAAGAAUGCAGUCUUGGCUUGAAUGAAUCUUAUAGAAGUUUCCAGCAAAGAAUGUUUAAGGGCAGCUGUAGUGAAGGAAAUGGAUGAAAAUGAAGCGGUUUUCCACUAAUCUUAUCUGUUUCACCGGGACGUGGGUGGCACUGUGGUCUAUACUACUGAGCCACUUGGGCUUGCCGACUGGAAGGUUGGCGGUUCGAAUCCAUGUGAUGGGGUGAGCUCCUGUUGCUCUGUCCCAGCUUCUGCCAACCUAGAAAUUUGAAAACAUGCCAGUGUGAGUAAAUAGGUAUCACUGCGGUGGGAAGGUAAACAGCAUUUCUGUGCGCUCUGGCAUCCGUCACGGUGUCCCGUUGCAACAGAAUCGGUUUAGUCAUGCUGGCCACAUGACCUGGAAAGCUGUCUGUGGACAGAUGCUGGCUCCCUUGGUCUGAAGAUGAAGAUGAGCACCACAACCCCAUAGUCGCCUUUGACUGGACUUAACGUCCAGGGGUCCUUUACUUUAGCUAUCUGUUUCACCACAAAGCAGAGAAUUGACAAUACAGGUGGUGGCAGGGUAUGUGUUUCUAAAUGAACAGAUUUCAUCACUUACAGGAAGGAGGUGUUGAAAAUGUUUAAAAGUUGUUCACAGCUGUAUACAACUUUAGGUGAAGACAGGAUAAUGGAUAGAAGACUGGCAAUGAACUACUAAUCAAAGCCUUCAGUUCAAAUCCCUGGUAAAACACAUACUAUGUGGGAAGGUAUAUCCACCUUCUUUCAUUGUACAGCCACCUUCUUUAAUGGUCCUCAGUGGAUUUUGUAAAUAGAUACUGGUGCAUUUAAAACACCAAGAACAUGAAGUUGCAGGUGACCUUAGUUUGAUGUUGUUUCUAAAGCUCAAGUACUGCAUUUCUAAAGCUCAAGUACUGUGCACCAUUUAUUUUGACAGGUUUCUGUGCUUACCUCUCUUGAUUUACUCAGCCUUGUACUAUUGCUUCCUGUUUGUUUCUAUAUACAGUGGUACCUUGGGUUAAGUACUUAAUUCGUUCCGGAGCUCCGUUCUUAAUGUGAAACUGUGCUUAACCUGAAGCACCACUUUAGCUAAUGGAGCUUCCUGCUGCCGCCGUGCUGCUGGAACCCGAUUUCUGUUCUUAUCCUGAAGCAAAGUUCUUAAACCGAGGUAAUAUUUCUGGGUUAGCGGAGUGUGUAACCUGAAGCGUAUGUAACCUGAAGCGUAUGUAACCCAAGGUACCACUGUAUAUAUAUUUCUUUCUUAAUAAAAUUUCUUAAUAAAAAAAUUAUAAUAAAAUAAAUUCCCCAAGAGGAGAGAGAGGCUCAAACUAGCUUUAAACAGCAUGUGUGAAAUCUGACAAAGGCUGCAGCUGCCUAACACAUUUCUGCAUUGGGGGGAAAUAGGACUUAGCACUGAAUAAACAGGUUGCACAGGUAAGAUUGGAUUUUUAAAGUGUUUCCACCAGAUGUCAGAUGCUGGUUCUUCGGGUAAGUCCCCCACCAGCUGACUCCCUCAAUCCUCACACAGGAAAGCUUCACAGACAAAACCAGAUCCCCUCUCCUCCUUACCCUAAAGUGAAGCAAACAGAGCAACUGUAUGAGUCACAAAACACCCAUCCUGCUAACUGUCACCCACAUGUGACUAGGUUACUGGGGCAACGCCCUCUGGUGAGGAACAAAUGUAAUGUGUUACCAGAAGGAGGAAAUAAGUGGCAACAGCUUUCUUGCUGUAAACCUGUUGACUGCAGAGAGAGAGAGAGAGAGAGAGAGAGAGAGAGAGAGAGAGAGAGAGCACCCAUCUGCACCCACAGGAAACAUGGCCUGAGUUAUUGCUCACGGUAAGUGAAGAACAGCUUUAUCUAAAGCCCAGGUGACUUUUGGUUACAAAAGAGCUUUUUCAGUACCUGAGAGCAAAGGGAAAGAGGAGCUGGUGUUUCAGCUGCGGUUUUUGUCCCCGUAGAUCUAUUUUUAGUCUUUCCCCUGGCAAAGGGAGAAGGGUGGGAUGUGUGUUUGCUGGGUCACACAGCUGCUUCAAGGUACCAAUUCUCUGUCAGAGUGAACAGUUUUAAUCCAAACUAAAAACUGGCCAGCUCCUUGAACUACUUCCAGACUGAAGUAUUUCAGGAGCACUCUGGGAAGAACUUAUAUCCUUCCUUAGGUUCUGUAGUCUACUGCCUUCAACGCAUUCCAACCUGCUAUUUACCUUUAACCCAAACUUGUUUCUGAGGACCUCCUUCAUUUUUUUUCUGGUUUAUUGCUUAUCAUUGUUGGUUCAAACAUCAUGGUCAAAUCAACCACAGAAAAAAUAUAUACGCUCAUGCAAUAUUUUAAAAAAACAACAUUGACCAAAAUAUAUAUUUACAUUAAAAUAUACCAAAAAAAUAUAAAAAGGUAAAAUAAAAUGAAACACCAAAGGUUAAAAACCUGAUACAUUAGACCAUCCUAUUAAACCAUCCAUUCAGAAAUUUGUCAGAAUCAGAUAGCAAAUAUAUGAUUUUCACUUGAUCAUCACCAUCAGAUAUCUUACAUAAAAAAUUCAGAAUAAAUUUUGCCUUUGGCUCAGAAUACAAAGAGCAGUACAGUAAAUAAUGAUAAAGAUAUUCUACUGCUGCAGCAUCACAUAUGCAAAACACUGUUCUACCAGUAUUUUGCUAUUUGUUGUUGUUUAGUUGCUUAGUCAUGUCCGACUCUUCGUGAGCCCAUGGACCAGAGCACGCCAGGCACUCCUGUCUUCCACUGCCUCCCGCAGUUUGGUCAGACUCAUCAUGCUGGUAGCUUCAAGAACACUGUCCAACCAUCUCGUCCUCUGCCGUCCCCUUCUCCUUGUGCCCUCAAACUUUCCCAACAUCAGGGUCUUUUCCAGGGAGUCUUCUCUUCUCAUGAGGUGGCCAAAGUAUUGGAGCCUCAGCUUCAGGAUCAGUCCUUCCUGUGAGCACUCAGGGCUGAUUUCCUUAAGAAUGGAGAGGUGUGAUCUUCUUGCAGUCCAUGGGACUCCUCCAGCACCAUAAUUCAAAAGCAUCAAUUAUUUGGCAAUCAGUCUUCUUUAUGGUCCAGCUCUCACUUCCAUACAUAUUUUGCUAUAGUCUCUCUAAAUAUUGUGAAGACACAGUCUUGGAAUGCAAAGCCAGAAAUACUUUUCUAAAUGAACUGUUAUAUAAUUCUCCAUUACAUAUGUUGAUUUAAGAAAAUGUAACUGGAGAGAACAAAUAUUUCUGGAUUUGCCUGUAGAGCUUGUUGGGAAUGGAAAUCCCCCCAAACUUUCUCUCUAUAUAUAUUCGAGUCUAAUCUAGAGUCCACUUUUUAAGAAGCUGGAGAAUUAUAUCAAAAGCUAAAAAUUGUUGUUCACAAUUUGCUACCCGGGUAGUCACCUUAUGCGAUUGUAGCUGUUGCAUAAAAUAUUUUUUUAGGAAUUCUAAAGCUUUCAAUAUUAAAAAGAUUAAAAUGGUACAUAAGUAAAACCAUAAAAAUACAAAAUUGUACAGGCAUAAUGCCAGGCUCUGCUCUAGUACCAACUGCUAGGCAGGGCCGUCUUAAGCAUAUCCAGGGCCAUGGUGCAAAGAUCCCUCCAACGCCUCCACCCCCGGUUUCUUAGGCCCAUUACCACACUUAUUAACAAAAUGGUUUAAAAUCUAAUAUUGAUCAAUAGAGCUUUUUCCUUGCCCUUUUCCCUUUUUUUUCACCAUGCAUUCGAGUGGUGGUUGUGGUGCUGCUGAGAGACCCUUAGAUCAGGCCAUAACCUGGUGGUAAAUCUUGGAAAUCCAGCUGAAAACCAAUUAUCUACCCCUACUGACAAUGGUUCUCCUCAGGCAGAGAGAGGUCUUUCCUUUUACCUUUCCCGCCCCGACCUGGCCACAGUGAUCCAUGCGAUGGUCACCUCCAGGCUUGACUACUGUAAUUCGCUCUAUGUGGGGCUGCCCUUGAAGCUGUCCCAGAAACUCCAGCGGGUGCAGAAUGCUGCAGCGAGGCUCCUCAUGGGGUCCCUGCCAUGGGAGCAUAUUCACCCAGUGCUUUUCCAGCUGCACUGUCUCCCGGUGGAGUACAGGGUCAGAUUUAAGGUGCUGGUUUUGACCUUUAAAGCCCUUCAUGGCCUAGGACCCUCGUACCUAUGGGACCGCCUCUCCUGGUAUGCCCCACGGAGAGCCUCAAGGUCCAUAAAUAGCAACACCCUAGUGGUCCAGGGCCCUAAGGAAGUUAGAUUAGCUUCAACCAGAGCCAGGGCCUUUUCAACACUGGCUCCGGCCUGGUGGAACGCUCUGCCUCACGAGACCAGGGCCCUGCAGGAUCUGAUUUCUUUCCGCAGGGCCUGUAAGACAGAGUUGUUCCACCUGGCCUUUGGCUUGGAGCCAAUUUGAUUCCUUCCCUCUCUUUCUUUUUUCUUUUCCUUCUCCUCCUGCGAUGAGGCUACAUUUUAACAUUUUAAUGUUUCAAUAUUUUAAUGUUGUAUUUUAAUUUUGUUUUAAGUUGUAAUCAUUCAACUUGUUUUUAUUAUUGCUUGUUAGCCGCCCUGUUAGUGCCUUGGCUGGGGAGGGCAGGGUAUAAAUAAAAAAAUAUUAUUAUUAUUAUUAUUAUUAUUAUUAUUAUUAUUAUUUGCUACCUCAUCUAUGUUUUAGCUGGAGAUGGCAGGGAUAGAAGUGGGCAUCUGUUGUAAGCAAGGCAUGUGUCCUGUCAUUAGGGAUGGGGAAAUCUGUUAUUUUCCGUUUCUCUCAGUUCCUCAUUUUUUCCAAGUUCAGUUCUCUACAUUUCCACAUCAGUUUGCCACUGGUGUAGCUCAGUUGGUAGCACAUGACACUCUUAAUCUCAGGAUCUUAGGUCCGAGCCUCAUAUUGGGCAUAAGAUUCCUGCAUUGCAGUGGGUUAGACUAGAUGGCCCUUGUGGUCCCUUCCACCUCAAUGAUUCCAUUAUUUAAAUCCAUGUGCAAAUUCAUCACCAUUUGAGCAUUUAAAAAAUCAUCAUUUGGGGUGUGAAUACACACAUGCUUAUACACAGUUUUGCCUAAUGCAUACAUUCCUCUCAUAUAUUCCUAUACUACAUUAAUAGCCAUGACUCCUCCACCCAAAUAAUUCUGGGGACUAUAGUUUAUUAAACAUUCUGGGCAUUGUUAGGAGACCCUUAACAAACUACAGUUCCCAGGAUUCUUUGUGGAAAACCAUGCCUAUUGAAGUGGUCUAAGAGCACUUUAAGUGUAUGGUGCGGAUGUGACCCCAACCUCUCCACCUUUUGUGUGACUGACAGUCCUUUAGAUAUUUGAAGACAGCUCUCCCCAUGUCUCCUCUUAACAGUCUCUUCUCCAUGAUAAACCUACUCAACUCUUUCAACAGUUCCUCAUAGGACUUUGUACCUGCAGCCAUGUCUUUGCUCAUUUGAAGCAUUUAUGUGUAGAGCGUGUGAAGUGAAAAUUGCUGCAGAAGGCACACGCUCCAAUUCUGGAAUUAUUAUUUGUUUAAAGGUAGGAGCAGGUGGCACAAUCAGGGUGCCUGACUUUCCAAUGCCAGGUGUUGCUGCUGGUUACCUAGUGGGAUGAGAGUCAAGAGCAUUGAACUGGGGGUGCUGUCAUGCUUGCACGUUGCUGAGCUCCCCGCACCUCACUCCCUCUACCUCUCAGUAACUGGACGUGAUGCUUGCUGUUGGGCAGCCAGGCGAAUAGUGCUGCCUUGUCUCUACAGCCCCACCAACCACUGUUAAAAAUGAUUUCAGCAAGCCUGGAACGCUGAGCAGAGUGAACUCACUGAACCAUAAGGAAAUGGAAUGAUGGAGCAUCCCAUCAUCACAACCGCAACUGUUAUUUAGGUGUGGCCUUGUAAACUAUCUAAUUUUUAUUACUUUUUCAUUAAUAAGAAUCCAAUAUAAACCACAUUAAUACAAUACCAAAUCAUAAUACAAUUAAAAGAGCCAAUUAUCCGAUUCCAAAUUAAACAUUUUGGAUGACUUCCCAUGUUCUGAUUUUUGGCAGGUGUUGUUAUUCCUUGUGCCUACUAAUCCAAACAAUACAAUUCCAAUGUUGAUCCUUUGUUUGAACAAACACUGAUGUGAUGACUUUUGUUUGUAUUUAUUCCAUAGCCUUUAUUUUGCAAGAGGAGUUCAAGUCUUGUAACUUUCUGUGUGGAAUGCUUUUUUCUAAACAUUCGUCCUUCCUUUCUUGCUGUACUCAAACAUUUUCAGCAUCCCCCCCCCCCCCACUCCAAGGACUCAUUUUUGCUGCAUAAAGGCCUCUCGCCAUCUUGCUUUUCUCAAAACCAAAAGAGGUCUUGUGUCUGGCCAUUACUCCAGGAAGACUUCCAGCAUUUUCUUUGAUUUCUUUCCCGUCCGAUCACAAGCUGAUAUCUCGCCAACACCGUAAUAAAUCAAAGCUAGAGUCCUCCUUAGGGACUAUUGCCACCAAACAUCUCAAUGUUUCCACAUAGUUCUGUUCUUUUAAUUAAUCCAUAAGCAUUAUAAAGUUCUUGUUAAUUCCCUCUUGCAUUCCAUUAAUAUUUGCAAUCCAUUAUUAAUGACAUUCCAUUAGUAGCUAAUUUUUCUUUGGUGAAGAGUUGCCGAAACAUAAAAUGGCAUAGUGAAUAUAUAAAGAGAGAACAAAGGCUCCUCUCUACCAACAUACCAAUCCAAUAACAAUGAAAAUCUUCUCCAGAUCGAGACCUUGGCACUCUGUGGCUGGUUCAUUUAGCAGGUUAUCUUGUCUCCUUCAUUCAGAACAUGCUUGUUUCUUAAGUCCAAAUUCUGAUACAUCUUAAAAAACAGAAGGACUUCCGCUCAUGGUGGCUGCGUUGCAGAGUUUCCGAUACAUGCAGUGCUAUACACUCAGUGUCCCUGCCCCCCACAUUCCAUCGGAGCGAGAGGCAGGUAUCAGAUGAACUGUGAGUGAAAGCUCCCCCCCACAACCCCCGUCUUGCAAGGAUAAUUACUCUCACAUUAUCCUUAAUUGGCUGCAUGGCCGGUGUCUGCUAUCUUGGGACCCGCUGUUCACCAUGGUGAUUAGCACCGGAAGUCUGGCUUUGUAAACUAUCUAGAUGUGGCUGACCAGGAACAUAUUGCUAAUAAAAACAAGAGAUGUGGAAAGACUGAGUCAUACAAGUUUGUUUUUGGCAGUAGGAAGUCCUAUACAGAGUGCAUCAGUUUACAGAGACUGUCUCCUCAAGUUGAACUGGUAUGCAAGAAAUUUAUAGUGAUUUUUUCCUCUUGUACAUAUUUUGUUGUUGCAUUUUGUUCUCUACAAUUAAACGUGCUGAAGAUAUUGAAAGCAAUCAGAGUUCUAAAGCAAAUAGCACAACUGUCAAUCCUGCAUCUUCUUCCCAAGAAGCAACAGUAGCAGCCCCACUCCCACUUAUAGUUAAUUCUUAAACGAAACAAACCCUCCAGCUGUCAGACUCCCUCUGCUUAAAUCAAAAAUUUUGCUGAGCACUUUCUCCAAACUUUGAUGGGUGUGACAUUCGUUCCAAAGACUACAGAGAGCAUUCCAGCCAUUAAGAGUUGUCAAGCUUAUUUUAUUCUCAUAAGUUAAGCUAUGUCACAUCUUAAUCAUUAUGAAUGGGUCGAUUCACAGUAAUCAAUACAGUCACUCAAUCAUGUCAUACAAAUAGUUCACAAGGAGCACUUUGCAAAGCAGAAGACAAACUAGAGGGCAUAUUUUAUUAUCCCAGCACUACAACAGCCCCUUCUCUACAUCUUCUUUUCACCCAACUCUUCUCUUGUUGCAAACCCCCAUUUUCAAAAAUUGAAAGCUGAGUUAUGCGGACUGCAUGCAGAAAUUUCCAUCUGACUUUCCUUUUAUUUCCAUGGUCUACAGCCUGCGGCUAUGUGGCAGCUAAAAUUAGGGAAUGCUGCUGCUGCUGUCAAAGCAAAGAGGAGCAACAGCAGGAGCCAAAUGAGAAACCAGGUAAGGAGGAACUGGAGACUCUCUGUGGCAGAGAUGGGGAGCCAGGUGUUGUGCAUAAGCCAGGUGUUGGUCAUUGGCAGGAGCUGGUGGGGGUUGGAAUCUUAAUAUCCAGAGGGCCAUAAGUUUCCAACCCCUGCAGCUGUGGUUAAGAAGAACCCUACUGGACCAGACCAAAGGCCCUUCUGGUCCAGCAGCAUGAUUCCAAAGCAGAAGCAGAUCAGAUGCUUUUGGGAAGCAUGACAAAAAUAGCCAUUCUCCAAAGGGACUCUUGGAAAAGAUGUGUAGCAGAGGUGGAAAAGGUGCAUAAAAGCGAAAACCACCUACCCCCCCCCAAGAAAACAAAGGGCUAGAGCAGAGGUGGGUAAUCAAUUUCAGGCUGAGGGCCACAUUACCUUCUGGACAACUGUUGCUCCAGGAAAGCAAGAGGUGAUAUCAUAGUUCAGUGACUGUAUCCCAGCCACUGAAAAAUCCCCAGGGACAGUGCAAAGCAGGUGGGGGGGACUGGGGGAGGGGCUACUGCCUGAGAAGAGUUGCAAGGGCCAGCUGGAGAGGCCUGGAGGUCUGCAUUUGGCUCCCAGGCUGGAGGCUCUCCCAGUGAGAAGGAAGUUUGCAAUGUUUUUGUAUUUUUCCAUUUAGAAAAAAAGGUGAAAAGAGGAGGAGAGUGUUAGAAGUGUAUGAGACUAUGUGGAGAAAGUGGAUAGGGAGAAUGUUCCCCCCCCCCCUUCCAUUGUUCAUAAUACUUGAACAAAGUGGUGGUGGGGUGGGGCUUCCAAGGCAGCUGAACCAUGGGAUUCAGCUGAAUCCCAAAUUCAGCCAAAACUGGCUACUAAUUGCUUCUAAUUUUACCUCCCUUUGUACAAGUAA